GGAAAAAAAGGGCCGGGGGGCAUUGGGGGGAGGCCAACGGCAGAGAAAACCCUCCUCCUCCUCGUCGCCAAUCUCCCUCUCUCUCUCGAUCCCAAGCGGCGCGCCGGGGAGGACGACGGGGACGGGCUCGAGCGAUCCAUCCCCAUCUGCAGCGCGCGCUUGACGGUGAGUGGUGGUGGUGUCCGGCGAUCAACCGGCACUGGCGCACCUCUGUUUCGUUGUUUGCUUUCUCGCCGUUCUGUCUACUUACCCGCUCGUUUCUUCCGUGGGGUUGUCUUGUCGUCUACCUUGCAUCGCUCGGCCUCGCCCGCUGCUUUUGUUUGUUCGUUUCGUAUUUUUUUCCUGGUUUCUCUCGGAUUUCCGCGUCCUCGCUCGCGGCGCCAUGGCAGACGCGUGCGCCACCGAUCCGCACCCUCCGUGGUGCCCCGCUCGCUCACUCACGCGCGGCAGAUGCAUCCGGAGAUCGGCCACCAACUCACCACCAAGUUCUAGUGGUGUGUGUCCACGACGAUGACGUGAAGAACCCCCCAUCUGAUGCUACCGCCGGGGAAAAGAGGAAGGGAAUUGAGAAUGGCCUUGCUGCUGCUUUGGGGUUUUGACACCAUGGGGUUUACGUGCUUUGGGGAAAGAGGAAGGGGAUCGUUGAUGCGUUCGUCUUCUAAUUUUACGUGGUGUUUUGCUUUACUUGGAUCUAUUGCGUGUUCUUGCAUCGUUUCCACCUACCCGUACUGAUUCUGCUGGAUUUUCUUGGGUCUGUUCUUGCAUCCUCAGUUCUUGACACGAUCUUGCAACCGGUGGUGUACUACUACUAGUAGUAAUCAUCAUAUCGAACAGAGAGAAUCUUGGGGGGAGGGUGUUGGGUUGAGACGGGAUGUACCCUCCAACGGCCAACGCAGCAUUGCCAGCCCAUCACGCUGACGAGCGCGCACAACCGGGGUUCGCGCGUUGCGGAGCGGGCCAACGCGCGACUACCGGCCGGGCCCGGCCAACUUCCCCUCUUCAGGGCCGGAGAUAGUUUUCCGGCCCAGCACGAACCCCGCAUGUAGAUGGGCUUGGAAACCAUCCUCAACGGCCCAGUCCACCCCGGCCCCCUCGAUUUUCCGCCAUUUGUUUCUCCUUUGCCUUUUACCGCGUCCUCACGACCUCCCCUCGCUGUCGCUUGUCAGCAUGUACUGCAAAUGUGGGAACUUGGACGACGCUUGCAAGCUGUUUGAUGAUAUGCACAGAAGGGAUGUAGUUGCAUGGAAUGCCAUGAUUUCUGGCUAUGCGCAGCAUGGGCAAGGAGGGAAAGCUAUUAAAUUUUUUGGAAAAAUGAAGGAUGAAGGAGUGCAGCCAGACUGGAUUACUUUUGUGGCUGUAUUGACAGCUUGUAUCCACACCGGAUUGUGUGAUUUUGGAAUGCAGUGCUUUGAAACAAUGCAGGAAGUGUAUGGAAUUGAACCCCGGGUUGAUCAUUACUCAUGUAUGGUGGAUCUUCUCUGUCGAGCUGGUCUCCUUGGGAGAGCUGUCAACAUGAUCCGCUCAAUGCCCUUUGAACCGCAUCUUUCUGCCUAUGGCACCCUGUUGACAGCUUGUAGAAUUUAUAAGAAUUUAGAAUUUGCCGAGUUUGCUGCUGGAAAGCUGAUUGAACAAGAUCCACAGAACGCAGGCGCUUAUGUACAAUUGGCAAAUAUUUAUGCUAUAGCAAAUGGGUGGGCUGAUGUCUCGAGAGUAAGGAGAUGGAUGAAAGAAAAUGCGGUUGUGAAAACACCUGGGUAUAGCUGGAUCGAGAUAAAGGGUGUGAGGCAUGAGUUCAGAUCGAAUGACAGAUUGCAUCCUCAGCUUGAUUUUAUUCAUGACAAGUUGGACCGGUUAGAGGAGCUGAUGAAAGCGAUGGGCUACAUUCCGGAUCUUGAUUUCGCACUGCAUGAUGUUGAGGAGAGUCUGAAGUCACAAAUGCUGAUGAGGCACAGCGAGAAGCUCGCUAUUGCUUUUGGCCUGAUUAGCAGUCCCCCUGGGAUGAGCUUGAGGAUCUUCAAGAACCUCAGGGUCUGUAGAGAUUGUCAUAAUGCAGCGAAGCUUAUCUCCAAAAUCGAGGACCGAGAAAUUAUCCUUAGGGAUACUACACGUUUCCACCAUUUUAGAGGUGGUAGCUGCUCUUGUCGAGAUUAUUGGUGAAACAAGUGUAACUAUCGUGGCUGCCAUUUUCAAUAACAAUGUCAGACAUACACUGGUGUCACCAUAGGGCUUGCAACAAUAUCUGAUCCUUUGAACAAGAAAAAAAAUAUGGAACAUCAGCGGUCAGCUUGUGAGGUCUGAGCAUCCUGGUGUUUUUCUUGGUGCUUUUCCUUUGGAGGAAAGUUGUGCCCUCCAGGCCGUGAGAUUCAUCAGAACCUUAUCACUGACUGUUGGAGCAUGUUGAAAGAUCAGGGAUAAGAUAUACUGAAAGCCUGAAAGGUUGAGUGCAUUUGAUAUACAUCUCGGUACUACACAGUGGAUUGCCCAGUCCCAGCACUAGCCACAGGAUUGCAAUUGUGGAUCCCCACAUUUGGUUUGUAGCCUGUGUUGUCACCUGCUGAUAUUGAACAGAUAUUUGAUGAGCUGUCUUCUCUGUGUUGCCUUCAAGAAAUUGCUGCAAGAUGUGGUCGGUUAAUUAGUCAUGAACUGAAAAGAUGCAACGAAAGAGUUGACAUCAGCAACACACUGCGGAGAUGUGUAAAAUGGCAAUGGAAAUGUUGCGAGCUAUUGUGCUCAAAGGCAACAAUGCUGAACCAUCCGACAGAUGCAGCAGUAGCUAUUGUGCUAGUUGGGAUUGGCCAGAUACACAGCUGCUAGUUCAUACCCUGAAUAGAAAGGGGCUUCACAUGUGAGUCCACCUCGAUAGUCCUGCUUCAAGAAACCAAGAGUAUGAUGCCACCUGCUUCCAUACUCUUAGCACCACGUGAGCUUGCUCUAUUUUCUUUACCCGUGAGCUCUGUUUUGUUUAAAAUUUUCAGUCAGUUUUCUUUGCUGUGAUGUCCUUCAGGUUUUAUUUGCACACAUGACACCUGAAGUUUUUCUUGAAAGGAUGACACCUGAAGUUGACUCUGCAUCGUCACUGACAUCAGAGACUUCUACUCCUGAUCCAAUUUAUUUGCACAGAGUUCAAUAAGGUCUUAGUUCAUCCUCGGCAUGAGUUUCACACGCCUUCUACAGCUACAGGCAUCAGCCUGCCGCUGGCGCCCGUCUUCCUUUCUUCGCGGCCGUGGCCAUCGCCGGCGCCGUCGUCCUUGUCCCACUCCCUGUAGACGUCGAGGAAGUAGAGCGAGGCGACCAUGGCGACACAGGAGGCGCACAUGGGGAUGGGCCCGAAGAGCCAGAGGAAGACGGGGCACGAGAAGUAGUAGGCGCGGACGCCGAGGGACCAGCGCGGUCGAGCGUCCCCGUGACGUACCCGACGGCGCUCGCCGGGCGGCGGUGCGCGGCGAGCGGCACGUUGACGAGGAGCCCCGCGUGGGUGUAGUACCGGAUGGACUGCACGUUGAGGAGGAAGGCCGCGAGGAAGCAGACGAGCACCGCGAGGAACUUGGCGGUCAGCGCGGCCUCGCCGGGCGGCGGCGCCGCUGGCCAUGAGCGCGGCGGCGAGGGAGCUGAGCGUGAUGGCGACGGAGGCGAGCACGGUGGAGGCCAUGAUGCUGUUGCGCAUCGUCUGCACCGCCAGCACCGCGUGCUUCCCCGACGGCUCCUCCAUGAUGUGGCAGACCCAGAUGCGGCGGUUGAUGGCGUUGAUGCCGAUGACGGUGGUCUCCGGGCGGCGGCGGAUUGCGGAGGAGCAGCCAGAGGUGGUACCCCAGCAUCACCGCCAGGCCCAGCGGCACCAGCACGUAGUCCAGCUGCGACGAAGACGAAUCCCUCUGCAUGCCUUGUAGAACACUGGAGUGGGGAAAUUUCUGGAAUCAGUCUCAUCCGAUCCCCUUGUGACAUUUACUUUAUCUUUGUCAUAUUUACACUUUAGUCCUUACACUAUUAGUCAAUUACAGUCACACUCGCACAUUUAUAAAUACAACUAUAUGCAUGCCAACACUCCCCCUCAAGAUGGGUGAUAGAUAUCUAUCAUUCCCAUCUUGCUACAUGCUAACAUACAUUCUUUAGCUCCUAAUCCCUUUGUUAAACAAUCAGCUACUUGUUCAGAAGAUGUUACAAAGUUUAGUCUAAGUGUUCCAUCAUCUAGCCGCUCUUUGAUGAAGAAGCGGUCAAUUUCCACAUGCUUAGUUCUGUCAUGCUGAACAGGGUUGUUGGCAAUAUUGAUUGCUGACUUAUUGUCACACCAAAGCUUCAAAGUGCCUUCCAUUAGCUUCAGUUCAGACAAUAAAUUCUUCACCCACAACAUCUCACUAAGGCAUACCGACAUAGCUCUAUAUUCUGCUUCUGCAGUUGAACGAGAUACCACUGGUUGUUUCUUGCUCCUCCAUGACACUAGAUUUCCUCCAACAAAAGUACAAUAACCAGAAGUUGACCUUCUAUCAUCCGGACAAUUGGCCCAAUCUGCAUCACAAUAUCCCUCCACAUUUAAAUGAUUAUUUCUCUUGAACCAUAACCCUUUGCCAGGGCUACUCUUCAAAUAUCGCAAGAUCCUAUAGACUGCAUCCAAAUGCCCGCUUCUAGGAUCAUGCAUGUAUCGGCUCACUAUACUUACUGCAUAAGUUAUAUCGGGCCUCGUGUGACAUAAAUAUAUUAAUCGUCCCACAAGUCUUUGGUACUUCUCUUUAUCUACUGGAUCUCCAGAUUGUGCACAUAUCUUGUGGUUUUGUUCAAUGGGGCUGGAAGCUGGACGACAUCCAAGCAUACCUGUCUCAUUUAGAAGAUCUAAUACAUAUUUCCUUUGCGAGAGAAUAAUUCCUCUAGGAGAUCUUGCUAUCUCAAUGCCAAGAAAAUAUCGAAGUUGGCCUAGGUCCUUUACUUCAAACUCCUUAUUAAGAUUCUCCUUUAGUCUAACUAUCUCCAAAGAAUCAUUGCCUGUGAUAAUUAUGUCAUCCACAUAGACUGCCAGAAUAGUGAUACGGCUUCCUGAAUGAUGAUAAAAUAAAGUGUGAUCACCAUUGCACUGUUUGUAUCCUAUAGCACACAUUGCCCGUCUAAAUCGAUCAAACCAUGCUCUUGGUGAUUGUUUCAAACCAUAUAAAGAUUUUUUCAAU